UUAUAUUCAGUGAUAAAGUGAAAUUCGUGCGCGUUGGUUGGCUUACACUUCGUGUAAGCUUCAAGCUCAGACUCCGGCUCUCGGCCCUCUGUCGCUCACUCCCACUCGCUCUCUGUCUCUUUAUCUCUGUCUUGUUCGCACACUCUCUUCGUUGGCUCUCGUGUCGGAUCGGUGUGUUCACAAUUAGCAACAACAGCAACAGCAACAACUUCAAAACUAAUGCCUAGCAAUUGAAGUGCCUGGCGGAGCUUGGGCACAAAAAUUGCUGAUAACAAGUGCAAUAAAUGCAACAAUUUUUGCCACUUGCAAUAGCAGCUCAAUAAAUUCCGCUAAAAUAACAAUUCAUAUUUACAAUAUCGAACAAGGAGCAAGCAGCAUUCGCGAUGCGUCUGAUUGGAUUUAUGCUAAAUUUGGCUGCUUUAACAGCCGCCGUCUUGGCCAAUCACCAUGACAGCCUGACGCUCAGUCCGAGCGAGCACAGCGUCGUACGCUACACCAACGAAUCCCUCAUUGUCGAGUGCCGCGGCCCCGGACCGGAUGUGAAGCUGCAUUGGAAAUCGCCGAAAGGCGAAAUUAUACGCGAGCACAAAGGACGCAUACACAUCGAGCAAACAGCGCCAGAGCAAUUGAAAAUCGUUUUUGCACACAUCGCUCUGGCGGACAAGGGCAAUUGGACAUGCGAAGCUGCUGAGGGAGGGCUGCAUAGUAAAUCGUUCGAUUUGAUUGUAUAUCAGAAAAUUACAUUUACCGAAAAGGAUACAGUUAAAACUGUGAAAGAAGGUCAAAAUGCGACAAUAUUGUGCGAGGUGAAGGGCGAGCCGCAACCGAAUGUCACCUGGCAUUUCAAUGGACAGCCCAUUACUGUGGACGCAAACGCCCCGAAAUUCCGCAUCCUGGCGGAUGGUUUGCUCAUCAACAAGGUAACACAGAGUGACACCGGCGAGUACACGUGCCGGGCAUACCAAGUGAAUUCGAUUGCUUCCGAUAUGCAGGAGCGCACAGUUUUGAUGAAAAUCGAACAUAAGCCGCAUUGGACGCAGAAGCCACAUGUUGGGCUGCAGUACGCGUACAUCAAUGGCACGGCGAGCAUCUUGUGCGAGGCGCAGGCGGAGCCGCCGGCCACGUUCAGCUGGUACCGCAAACAGAAGCGCCUGGAGAGCAACGAGAAGCUCUACACCAUCGAGUCGGAUAGCCAUUGGUCGCGUCUGACUAUCCGUGUGCUGGAUGCAAAGGUAUUUGACAACUAUCGCUGCCUCGCCCACAAUCAUUUGGGCAGCAUCGAGCGCAUCACACGACUCGAGGAGGGCGAGAAGCCGCCGCCGCCGUCCGUCUUCCAGCUGCGCGGCUACAACUCGAACACUUUUGAUGUUGAUUUGAGCGCACCGAGGGAUAAGGAUCAGCUCGGACCAAUGGACGUGAAUGGCUUCCGCAUCGAGUACAUGACAGAGAUGGAAUUCAAAGCCGAUGCGGGCAAAUGGACAAAUGCCAAGCGCAAGGAUUUCCCCUACGAGGAGGGUGCCAAUUUUCUCAUAACGAACCUCGAGCCGGAUACCGUCUAUCUGAUACGCGCUGCCUCGCGUAAUCUAGCCGGCUUCAGUGACUAUAGCAAAGUGGAGAAGUGCAAGACUCUGUCGCUGGAGCCGCGCGUCUCGUCCGGCUCAUUGUUGCCAAACUCCAAUCCGCUGCUGUAUGUUUUGCUGCUGCACCAACUGCUGCGGCUGCGGCACUGAGUGCUUGCAAAGCUGUGACCCUCCCCAUACCCAUAAACUAAAUUCCAUGUGCUUUGUCUAGCUUUAAGGCGUCGCCACGUUAACCUCCUUAGUGACUGCUGCCCGAUUGCUGCUCGUGUUAUGUAACGUCUACUAAUUAAUCGUCUAAGUUGUUAAUAUAACCACUCUUAAGCUUAAGUUAAUACAGAGUUUCGUUCGGUUCAUCUGCAAGCCCAGCAAUUUAGCUAAAAUGUAUAACAAAAGAUUUCAAAACAGGAGUAAAAAUAACUCUUAGAUGGGCGCUUAGUGCUUAGAUUUUAAAGAAAUAGAAAAACUUGAACUUAAAGUAUAAACUGCAAAACUAAUAUAAAUAUUCGCUUAAAGUUUGAUUCAUGUCUAUAAGUGAAACUAUAAGGAAAAUGAGGCAAACAAAAAUCUCUUACAAAUCUCUUGAACCCUUUCGCAGACUCGACUUAAUCUGUGUAAAAAAUUCUUGCAUUUACCUAUCAUAUCUAGCGGAAAUCCAAACAAUACAAUCUACACAUUUACAGUCUAAUCCUUUUCUUAAUCCUCUUACAAAUCAUAUUUUAAUGAAUAUAAGAAUAUUGAGCUUAACGAAAACAAUAUAAGCAUGAAAUCCAAACUGAGUCAGACGUAAAUAAAACUAAAAGUUUAAUAAACAUACAAAAACUGUCCAUUGAAGCAAAGUAAAAGAGCAAACAUGAAAAUACAAAUACAAAUAGGAAAAAAAAAAUAGAACUAGUGCAAACAGAAAUUGGAUUUAAUAAAUCAACAACAAAUAUAUGUAUGUAUCUCAAGUAAAAAUGUUGCCAAUGUUUAAAUGUUUUGUGGUUUUGUGUGCCAACUGAGCAAAAGAUAAAUAAAACUAAAUAUAAUAUUUA